GUCAUUUCACUCGGGCUGUGACGGUCAAGUAUACUGAUCCACCGUUUUACAGCCGCUGUUUAGGCCGCUAAUAAAAGUUACUUCCAAGGACGGGGCACUUCCUCUCGGAUCGGAGGCAUUGCGGGGCGACCCAGCCUACCAGUCACAGUUCUUACGGUCCGCGUGUAGUUACAAUUUUGAGGUAGUGCAACUCAGGCUACGGCGUCGGGUACGGGGCUACGCCGUCAAUUUGGUGCUGAAGUAUGAAUUGCAUUUUCUACCUUACACCCCUCCUGUUCAACGCACAGAAAGAAAUCCCCUCUGCAACAGAUUCUUCGCUGGGACUCAGUCAGGAUAAUACCAGGGAAAUGGAUGCUUUCUAUCCGGUGCGUGAGUUGUCUGGUAGUCCAGAUCCAUUUUUAGAAAUAACACUAUCAGACUUCCAUGCUAUGAAUGAAUUGAAUUUGCAAAACAUCAGGGACCUAGAUUCUGAAGAUUGGUUUGAGCAGAGUGGAAGUGAUGGUGAUGUCCUGAUGGAAACAGAGCCAUCUGUUCCAGCUGUGAACUGCUCAGUCACAAACACCCAGCCGACUCAUCCUCCCCUCCAAACCUCCUCCAGCUGUUUGCGUCGUUCUCACAGCGUUCCCUCACUGAGUCUAACAACCUCCGCAAAGAACAAGACCUUCACCCGAUCAAAGAGCUUACCUGACAUGCUGUUCAAACCCAGCUGUGAGGAGUUCACCCCUGAUAUCACUGUUGAUGAAAACGAUGAAACCUACAGGUUCCAGUGCUCCUGCCCAGGCCUGUACCAGUGCAGUGUGACAGGCCUGCUGUUCCACAUGGAGGGAGAAGGGGACGUGGUUUACAGGAUCGUCCCCUGGAACAGGAGGCUACUGGCCCGACACCACAAGCAGCCUGCAGGACCCCUGUUUGACAUCAAAUGUCUGCAGCAGUCUGUGUGUCGGCUUCAUCUCCCACACUGUGAGAUCCGCUCCACAGGUGGAGGUGAGUUCUUGUCAGUCGCUCAUGUGAACGACGAGGGCAUCGAGUUUAUCGGCCCUCAGAAGAUCACAGAAACUCACGUUGUUAUAAACAUCACAGGGUUUUCUGGUUUCGGUAAUGUCAAGGAUGAAGACUCGCCGGCUGACCCGGUCCGAGCGCUGGUUCUGCUGUUCUACAGGCCCCCGGCUGAUCCCGACGCUGAAUCCCUCCUCAACGUGUUGCUGCUACCGAGGAACGUGGUGCUCCGGGAUGUGCUGCGCACCAGGAAGAAAUUAGUUGGAGAUGAGAGCUACAUAGAGACGUCCCCACACUGUAAACUGCAGCCAAAGCAGGAAUACACACUGUCCACUUGUCCUGCAGAGGACUCAGUUCUAGUUCAACCAACAGAAGCAGAGUUUGACUGCGACAACUACGACAACUACUUCCCAUCAUUCCAGGUGAUUUUAGAAACAAUGAGGAAACACGUGAAGCUGUUUCUGAGAGACACCAACAGCUCCCACAGUGUCUGGGAAAGACGAGUUUGUCUCACUGGAGUAAAAAGGUCCUGUGGGCCGAGCGCUCUGAAUCUCUCUUCAGAUAAGAGGCUGUUGGACAUACGGAGCAGCUUCAUCGAGGGGAUAUCAGGACCGGUUCUCACAAGUCUGCUGGACAAACUGUUUGAGAAAACGGUGAUAGCUGAAGCUGAGAGGGAGUCAGCGGACGAGAUGCAGAACAGAAGAGACAAAGCUCGUUUUGUUAUCGACACAGUGAGGAAGAAAGGUGAAGCUGCUAGUUCAGAGAUGAUUGAGUUCCUCUGUGAGGCCGACCCCUUCCUCUGUGAACAUCUCGGCUUGAUCUGAAGACAAAUCAACAGGUGAUGCAGAACAUGUUGACCUGGUGGCCAGAAACUGAUCAUCCUGCAUCUGUCACUGUUUUGAUAUUUCAGUGUCAAAGUACAUUUCUCUUGUCUAAGACUGUUGACUUUUCUGGUAAAAAGUCUGUUUUCUUUUAUUUGAUUAAGAUAUGGGAACCUUGUGGUCUACUGAACAUACAGUAUAUAGACAAAUGUUUUGGGUCGCCUGCCUUUUCAGUCACAUGAAGGUUAAUGACGUCCCAUUCUUAAUCUGUAGGAUUUAAUAAGGAGUUGGCUCAGCUUCAACUCUUCUGGGAAGGCUGUCUACAAGGUUUAGGAGUGUGUUCAUGGAAACUUUUGACCAUUCUUCUAGAAGCCCAUUUGUGAGGUCAGGCACAAAUGUUGGACAAGAAGGCCUGGCUCGCAGUCUCUGCUCUAAUCCAACCCAAAGGUGGUCUAUCGGGUUGGGGUCAGGACUCUUCGCAGGCCAGUCAAGUUCCUCCACACCAAACUCGCUCAUCCAUGUCUUUAUGGACUUUACUUUGUGCACUGAUGCGCAGUCAUUUUGGAACAGGAGGGUGCCAUCCUCAAACUGUUUCCACAAAGUUGGAAACAAUCACAUUAUAAGAAAUGUCUUGGUAAAGUGAAGCAUCAACACUUCCUUUCUCUGGAACUAACCCGACCCCUGAAAAACAACCUCAUACCAUAACCCCCCCUCCAUCAAACUUUACACUUGGCACAAUGCAGUCAGGCAAGUACCAUCCUCCUGGCAACCGCCAAACCCAGACACGUCCAUUAGAUUGCCAGACGGAGAACCGUCACUCCAGAGAACAUGUCUCCUCUGCUCUAGAGUCCAGUGGCGACUGCAUCCGACGCUUUGCAUUGCACUUGUUGAUGUAAGUCUUGGAUGCAGCUGUUCGGCCACAGAAACCCAUUCCAUGAAGCUCUCUACGCACUGUAGAGAUAAUCCGAAGGCCACACGACGUUUGGAGGUCAGUAGCUAUCGACUCUGGAGAAAGUUGGUGACUUCUGCGCACUGUGCGGCUCAGCAUGUGCUGACCCUGCUCUGUGAUUUUAUGUGGCCUACCACUUCUUGGCUGAGUUUCUGUUGUUCCAAUCGCUUCCACUUUGUUAAAUAACAGUUGACUGUUAUGUACUAGUGAGGAAAUUUCACAAAUGGACUUACUGCACAGGUGGCCCCUAUCACGGUACCACGCUUGAAUUCACUGAGCUCCUGAGAGCGACCCAUUCUUCACAAAUGUUUGCAGAAGCAGUCUGCAUGCCUUGAUUUUAUGCACCCGUGGCCUUGGAAGUGAUUGAAACACCUGAAUUCAGUGAUUUUGAGAGGUGUCCCAAUACUUUUGGGAAUAAAGUGUAUCUGUAUACUAGUUUAGGAAUGUUUCAACAAUAAGAUUUGUGGUCAUUUAUUUCUUUUCAUAAAUCUUUUAAUCACAACUUUGCCACCAGUAUUAAAUAUAUAUAAAAUAUGAUCAUGUGCAUGUAAAAUCCACAAAAACAUUUUUUUAAAUAAAUCAACUGUAGAUUUAGACAUUUUAUCUUUAUAAAUGAAGGAAUGAUUUAAAAUUCUUGAAUGCAGCCUGUUUUACUUGUAUUUUAUACCUGAUUGUUUGAAUUUAGUCCACGUGUGUUGUUUGUUGUGUUUUUAUUUUACUUACACUUUAUGUUUUUAUGCAUUCUGUAAAGUCCCCAACAAGAACAUUCAGUUGUCAGCUAACGUGGAUCCAAAUAAAUCAAUUAAUUAAUUUUAAAUCAAUUAAUAAUUAAAUAAAUAUUAAUAAUAACAACGAGCUGAACUUUUAAAGUAAAGCAGGUAAAAUAUCUGUUUUCAGGUAGCCUGUUCAUUUACUUUUUACUUAUUGUCAAUAACACUGACUCUGUAGUCGAGGCACUUUAUUCCAGAUUACUUCAUAUUCAGCUUGUUAUUAAGUCAAUAGGCUGAUUAAAGGUGCUUAAUUUCCCUCAUGGGGAUGAAUAAACUCGUAUCACCUUAGUUUCUCAAAACAAUUAAUGUUCCUUCAUCAGACAGCAGAUAGAGCCAUUUGCUUGGUCUUUACUGUCAUGAAACAUGAUGUGGGACUGCUGUUAAAAAACUACACUACAAAUAAACACAAUUAGAAGAGCCCUCACAAAAACAAUACAUAUAACACUAACAUCCAUAUUUUAUUUAAAAAAUCGUUGUAUUGCUGUAAACUAUGUUUGGAUGUUAUCGCACACAUAUAAAUGUAUUUUAUUUUGUUGUUAAAAUGAGGCAAAAUAUGUUUCUUCACUUUGUGUAUUGUUGUUUUCCCACGAAACACGUUUUCAAUACCAAAUGUUUUCAAUAAAAAAAACUUCAAAACUAUCCUAA